UUAUCUGGUGUUUGGCGCUAGUGUUGGGUUUACGUAGUCCUGUACUGGAAGAUGUGUACUGGUGGUAGUGGUGAGGGUGUGUACGGUGGGGGGUAAUGUGUUGGUCAAGUGUUGGUGCGGGUGGUAAAGGGACAGCAGCAGCAGCAGCCGUGGCUACAGCAGCAGCAGCAGCAGCAGCAGCAGGAAGGACUGACGGAUAGUUGCCUUUAGUCUAGUCAGGGAACGCGGGGCCGAAGCGGCAGGCUGUCGUGUGUGGCUGUGGACGGAGCCUCACCACCGCUAGCUGUGUAUGUGUGUGCGUGUCCUGCUGUGUUAUACACCCUGCUACACCCGCCCCUUCUCCUUCCUCACUCGCGCGCCUCUUCCCCCACCUCUAGUCACCUCCUGGCGUCCUGCUGGACCAACUUAACCUCAGUCUGCUGCCCAAGACAUAUUCCUGCCAGUGCUGGACAUGGCCGCACGCCCGCCACCAUCGCCGCCCUCCUCAUAAAAGCCACCGUGUAAAAAAACAAAGAACUUUGACCAAAGAAUUGUUUGAUAAUGCCUCGGUGUUGAGUUGUUUCUGCUUGAGACCCCCAUGACCCCAGGAGAGCUGCCUGGGGGUCAGUGUGAGGCGGGGCAGCACGACCCAGGACUAGCGUCGUGUAGUGGCUAGUAGCUAUGGAUGGGAGUGCGUGAGCGUGGGCCCGUCCUAGCAGGCGUGGGGCCCGUCCUAGCAGGCGUGGGGCCCGUCCUAGCAGGUGUGGGGCCCGUCCUAGCAGGCGUGGGGCCCGUCCUAGCAGGUGUGGGGCCCGUCCUAGCAGGCGUGGGGCCCGUCCUAGAAGGUGUGGGGUCCUAGCAGGUGUGGGGCCCGUCCUAGCAGGCGUGGGGACCGUCCUAGCAGGCUUGGGGCCGUCCUAGCAGGCGUGGGGCCCGUCCUCGGCGGUGUGUAAGUGUGGGGGUGUGUGAGGGAGAAGUGUGGAGGAGACUAGACGGACGGAAGGAGGGUGCGUGAAGGUAGUGGUGGUGGGUCCCAGGAAAAGGGUGAAGGGUGGCCCCCAAAGAGGAGUGUAUAGAGGCUGGUCUUCCUGUGGGGGAGGAGCACCACCACCUGCAGCAGCACCACCUCCAGCAGUGUCGGACACACGGACACGUCAAGGUGGAGUCGCUCUGGAGGAACCUGCUGGACACUUGGACCGCCGUACGCCACAAGAUGAAGGUGACCAGAGAGACGUCUUCCAGGUACGGUGGUAAGCGGUGUGGGAGCGGUGGUGGAGGGGGCCCAGCAGCAGCAGCGGCAGCAGCAGCAGCGGCAGCAGCAGCAGCGGGAGGAGCAGCAGUAGGAGUAAGGCGCUCGCCCCGCUACGCCACCCAACAGUCUUCAGCAUCAGUUGCAGCAGCAGGCAGACCAAGGAGGCACCACACUAGACCUCUCCACGCUCACCACCAUAACACUAAACAUAAGGGAGCGAAAGCCAGCAGUGGGCCUGGCCAGGGUGGCACCAGCACCAACAACGCAGCCUCACAGAAACCCGACAACAGUGGCGGGGGAGGAGUAGAUACCAAUCAGCAGCAAGACAACACAUCAAAUAACGCUGCCACUAAUAACGCCACUGUCCGUCACAACCACCACGACGCACCUCCACCAUAUUCAACACGGUCAUCUGCUGCCGCCGCUGCUGCUGCUGCUCAAAACCACCACCAUAAUCAUCAUCAUAACCACCAUCACCACCACCCUAAUCAGCGUCAUAGCUCACGAGGGCCUCGCCGAAACCGGAUGAGUAUGGGGCAAAAAGUCACAGGUGGUAUGAAGUCUGUGGGUCGGGGUGAGGGCGGGUCGCUACAACCUCGCCUCACCCGGGAACUGGCCAUGUCUCCUGACUAUACUCGCCCAAAGCGGCUAGACCUCCUAUUGGAUAUGCCACCCGUACCUAGAGAAGCCUCCCUUAAGCAUGCAUGGAAUGCAGAUGACCGAUCUCUCAAUAUCUUUGUUAAGGAGGAUGACAAAAUGACGUUCCACCGGCACCCUGUAGCCCAAAGUACAGAUUGUAUUCGAGGAAGAGUUGGGUACACACGGGGCCUUCAUGUCUGGGAGAUCCACUGGUCCACUAGGCAACGUGGUACUCAUGCAGUGGUGGGAGUAGCUACCGAUGAAGCCCCUCUACACUCGCAAGGGUAUCAGAGUUUAGUGGGCAGCAACGACCAAUCAUGGGGCUGGGAUUUAGGACGCAAUAAGUUGUAUCACAAUGCUAAACAAGGCAAUUCCGGCAUUACAUAUCCUUCACUUUUAAAUAAUGAUGAGACAUUUGUCGUACCAGAUAAAUUUUAUGUUGUUCUUGACAUGGAUGAGGGAACGUUGGCAUUUGUGGUCGAGGGCCAGUACCUUGGUGUAGCAUUUCGAGGUUUGAAAGGAAAGAAGCUCUACCCGAUAGUCUCAGCCGUGUGGGGGCAUUGUGAGAUCACCAUCAGAUACAUUGGUGGAUUAGAUCCGGAGCCUCUACCACUAAUGGAUUUAUGUCGGCGUGUGAUACGGCAGGCAGUUGGUAAACAGCGACUUUCUCGAAUUGAAGAACUUAAUCUGCCACCUUCAAUCACGCAGUACCUUUUGUAUCAUGACCGUAGGUGAUAGUUUGAAAUUAGCUGGUCACCCUUGUACCCCUCCAACACCAGCCACCAGGCGUCCCAGCCCCGCACCCCCGCAGGCCCAGGCCAAGGGAGACGCUCUGUAGUAAGUUGAGUGACGGCGGCGCAUGGGAUAAAGCGUCUGCAGCAUCAGUUUGAUAAUCAAAACAUCCUGUUUUUGAGAUGUUUUUAAUAAUAAAUUACCUGUGCCAUAAGGCAUAUUUAGUUGACCAGCAUAAUUUUAUGCUGAAAUUUAUUUCCUUAUGGAAUUUUAGCAGGUUUUGAAUCAGUGUAGGAAAUUUAGACGGCCGAGACCACUGGCCUGUGCAAAAUACUGCUGGUAGACGCAGUCAAGUGCAUAUGCGGGACUUUUAGAUGUACGUUUGUGUCUGUGUGUGUUAGUGUGGCCACAAGCCAUUGUGAUAGACUAGGUCAGACUGGUAUGUUGCCCCCACAGCCACCCCACUCAGGUACCCAGCCGGGAUUAGUGGCAAUGGGAAAAGGCAGCACCGGUGUUAUGCACGAACAUUGUGACAAACGCAUAGAAAGUUGCUUGAUAUAAACCAGAAAAAAAGAACUUGACCAAUGUGAUGUUUCUAUAACAGACUAUUUUUGAAAAUAAACUGAAAAUGUGAAAACGUUUAAGUGAAGUGUGGUGGGCAACGUCCAUCUGACCGUCGAGCCGACUGGUGAAGUGUUCAUUGCAGGCCAACCUUGCAUCUCCUCAUCGCCUCUCACAUUUGUUCUGGAGACGUAGUAGUGUAAGAUCGAGCGAAUAGACCCCAGCCCUACAGCGGUGCUGGCUGGUUCAAGGGUGAAUAGGGAGGUUAAUGUAUUGCCCCUAGUCUUUACUCUAAAUCUUUGGCUUUGCCAUGGAUGCUUCACUGUUUUUAUGUCUUUUUUACACAGUUAUUUAAUGUGAAAAAAAAAGAAACUUGUCCAUUACCAUUUUGUGAGAUGGCCAUUUGGGGGCUCUGUAGUUUCCAUCUUAACCCAAAACCGACUUAGUUGCUGGUUAUCUCAUUCAGUUCCCUCAUUGUAUUGUAUGCUUAAGUAUAUUUUUUUUUAAAGUGCCAUUUGCAGUAAGACUAUGGUAGGACUGUGUCAAGAGCUCAACCAACCAGCAUGACAUGGCAUCAAGAUCUACUGUUCUAGCGUGUUCUUAUACUGCAACAUCUCUCACCUAGUACGCAGCAUCUUUGUACAAAAAUAUUAAAUAUUAAUUACA